CUGUACUUAUAUUUGUUCUUUGCUUUCUUUCAUCCCCAUCUUGUGCUAUCGCCCAUAUCGGACGCUAAUAAAGCAAUCGGCGAGCCAUUGGCCGGCAAGAUGAGGCCUUUUCAUCGCUCACUUCGCGCGCCGCGGAAGACGACUUUGCAGCAAAUCCGGCAUUUCCAUCCAACAAGACCGUCGCCUUUCGUUAACGAACUACUAGACGCUUCAUCCGCAUUUAUACAGGGUGUUCAUUCAAUCAGUGGCCUGUCAUGGGCAGUUUCCAUUCCAUUGACCGCAUUGAUCGUCCGAUCAACCGUCGCAAUGCCUCUACAGAUAUAUACUAAGAUCCAAGCGCGCAAAGAGCGAGAUUUGGUCCCACUUCUCUCUUCCUGGAAGAAGCACUACAAGGACGAUAUAUUGCGAAGCCAGUACAAAGUCGACGACGUUAAUGACAUUCAAAACCUUUCGGCCGCUACUCCUAUGCUGGCGCAACAUAUGAAAUCGAAACACGCGGACUUAAAAAAACGAUGGAACAUCCCAAAGUACUGGAAGCCACUUAACUUUCUCCAAAUUCCUAUUUGGAUAUCAGUCAUGGAGGCUCUCCGAGCCAUGUCUGGAAACGACAAGGGUCUUAUCCCAUAUCUUCUAUCUCUCGUCGAGCCUACCAAUCCAUCAGGAGCCCCUCGUCUCCAUCUAGAGGUCGAGCCCUCCCUAGCGACAGAAGGCGCGCUCUGGUUUCCGGAUCUCCUAGCAGGCGACACGACGGGCCUUCUACCAGCCGCAUUAACCAUGUCUAUCCUGCUUAACAUCAGCGCUGGCUGGAAAGCCAAGAAGUUCUCGCAGAUGGCCGAUUUGCCGAAGAUAGAGCUCUAUAAGGCUUUGACUGUGCGCGGAAUUAGGGCUUUCAUCCAGGUUCUCGCGCUGAAUGUCGGUCUUUCGUCUUAUUACUAUGAAAUGCCCGCCGCGCUUCUGCUCUAUUGGACCACCAGUACGAAUAUUGCCACGCUGCAAACCGUUUUCCUGGACAAGUGCAUGUUCAAGAGAGAACCACUAAAGCCCUGGAAGCAGAUGCAUAUCGGGUAUACUGCAAACAAAGAGUGUGCUCCAGAGGACUCAAUCUACAAAGCCACCAUGAAGGACGCAAAGGGCUUCAAGGGACUUCAUUAGGAGCGAUGACUGCAUAAUCUAAGUGCUAGAUGCACCUACCAGCAUGAAGCUUGCCAAAUAGGCCGAUGAUAACCGGGGGCCCAGUCAUCAGAAAGGCCUACUUUCGCUCCGUCAGGACUCACAUGCUACAUGGGGUUCCAGACCAACCCCUCCAUGAUGUCCGAAGAGGCAUCAGUGCCACCAAACAAGGUCACGCGAGUCAGACACAGGAGCCGUUCAUGUUCGCAUCAAAAAAGCCCCGUCGAAGUUUAAUACACCUGUGCGCACGGUAAUACCCUUCCCGCAGCAAUUUUAACUUCUACUUGUUCGGAUUUCGGCCAGUGGCUCUCUCAGAGGAUUAUCGGCGGGUCUAUCCUUACCUAACACUGGUUGACACGUUAAAAGAAGGAUACGAACAGUCGACUAAGCAUGCGAUAUAUCAUAUACCUACCUUCU